CACUCUCUGUGUCAAAAAAUAAACAUUUUAAAAAGUUAAAAAUUAAAGUCAGCAUAAAACACAAGUCCACAUGUGCCAGAGAUGUAAGGACACGAUUGGUGACCAGAUACUUCCUGGUUUGUUGAGGAAUUACUGGGCUGCUCUAAGGCAAACUUUGUUUAACGGGAGCCAAGAACAAGCUGGUCAAGAGGUGGAGUCAGGGGAAGGUUUAAAUCAGAGAAGGUUGACGAACUGAAGGUCACCCUACUUGCUCAAUGAACUUGCCUUCUGACAAGCGCGAGAAGCGGCAACAGAGAAGACAGGUGGCACACAACCGAGUCCUCAAGGGGGACAACGGCGCCUAAUGGAAAGCAGACAGGCGGGGGAAAGAAUGAGAGCGAGGGAAGAGUCAAAGCAGGCACUAAGGAGGGGCCGCACAUGGAGCAGGGCCAGCUGAGGGGCUGUCUACAGCGGCAGGAGGCGAGUUCAGCCAUGGCUCGUUCUUCCCCGUGGCUACGGGAGAGGCAACUCCAAAACACAGACGUACUGUUUACAUGGUACUGAUUCAUUUUCAUGAGGUUUUUAGGCAAAGGUAAGAAAAGAAAGGAUUCUUGGCUGUGUGUCCCCCUCGGUGUUUGGAAUAUCAAAUUCAACCAGAAUACAGGGCCUUCUCGAGUUGCCUGCAGUCACAGUUAGUGCAUCCUCACAGACCGUGGGCUUCCCUCCCAAAAAUGGGUUUUGUAGCUGUGCCAAGUAAAAUAACACGGGAGCAGGGAAACGAAUAUGAUUGCAAACCCAGAAGUCUAAUGGUUGAUUUUUUUCUGGGCUUUUCCUGCUGGUGGUGGCCGCUUUCCAUUCUCUUCCAGAGUUCUAUUGGAAGGGUGCUGUCUUUUGUCUUUGACAGAAUGUUGUUCCAGGUGUGCCUGUAUUUUUACUGUAAAUUUUUGUGGCGCUGCCUAAAAUUUGUAAUGAGGAAGCUGACUGGAAGAUGUGAACUGCAACGGAUCUGUUACAGUACCAAGCCUGGGGCUUCUAGAACCAUGAAAAUCGAAACAUCACUGAGGGAUUCAAAAAGUAAGCUGCUGCAGACUUCCGUGAGUGUUCACCCUGAUGCUAUUGAAAAAACUAUAGAAGACAUCAUGGAACUGAAAAAAAUUAACCCCGACAUAAAUCCACAGCUGGGAAUCUCUCUUCAGGCUUGCCUCCUGCAAAUUGUUGGCUACAGAAACCUUAUUGCAGAUGUGGAAAAACUGCGCAGAGAACCGUAUGAUUCUGAUAACCCCCAACAUGAAGAAAUGCUGUUGAAGUUAUGGAAAUUCUUGAAGCCUAAUACUCCACUGGAAUCUCGGAUUUCUAAGCAAUGGUGUGAAAUUGGCUUCCAAGGUGAUGAUCCUAAAACAGAUUUUCGAGGAAUGGGACUUCUGGGCCUAUACAAUUUGCAGUAUUUUGCGGAAAGGGACGCCGCGGCAGCCCAGCAGGUCCUCUCGGACUCUCUUCAUCCAAAAUGCAGCAAAUUCAGCAAAGCGGAAUGGGAGAACAAAAGGAUGGAUACAGCAAUUGGGUACUCAUUUGCAAUUGUGGGCAUCAAUAUAACUGAUCUGGCGUAUAAUCUACUGGUGAGCGGAGCGCUAAAAACUCACUUCUACAACAUUGCCCCAGAAGCUCCAACACUGUCUCAUUUCCAGCAAACAUUUUGCUACUUGAUGCACGAGUUUCACAAGUUUUGGAUUGAAGAGGACCCCACGGACAUCAUGGAAUUCAAUCGUGUGCGGGAGAAAUUCCGCAAGAGGAUCAUAAAACAGCUGCGGAACCCAGACAUGGCAUUGUGCCCACACUUCGCUGCCUCAGAAGGUUUGAUCAACAUGUAGUCGCGCAUACUGGUUUUAACGGAUACCCCCGGAACACUGCCUCAUUGUCGUGUUAGUUCCCUGCUUAGGUCCCAGCUCAUACACUGAGUGCACACAGUGAUUGUAUGCAUGCCUUUUGGUACGGUACUUUCAUCUCUGGGUCACAACUACCAGAUCCCCAGAUAUCACCGCUUCUGGAGUAUCUGCCAUCCAGUGACUGUUCAUGUUGUGGCAUUAUGCAGUGUUACAUUUGCCUUGACACCCAAGUAUGGAGAGAGUUUUCUAUUUUUUUAGAUUGUUUUCCUCCCCCUCAUCAUUCAGCAUCGAAGAACUGUAUUUCUCUAGCUGUCUUUUGUAUGUGAGAGAUCUAGCGGACUCUUGUUCUGUGAAAGCCUUUUAAUUUAUUGAUCCGUCUCAUGACUACCGCUGCUAGCUCUUCGGGCCGGGUUCACGCUUGGACCUCAUUCCACUAAAGUAUAUGACUUGCAAAUAAUACAGACAGACACAUGAUAAACCAAACCAUUCCUGCAAACACAGCUGCGCUUCAUGACGAUGUAACGAGGCUUACGAGAAGCAGAUUUAGGUAGGUGCUGUUUUUGUCCAAAGUACCGCAGAAUUAUACUGUAACUUAUCCCCAGUUGCGAUUGUAUCCUAGUCAUAUGGAUAUCAAAUUAUUUUAUCCCCCUAAUUUUACUGGCUUGGAUGCCUAAAUAUGUUUAUGAUGCUUGGAGCCUCAGAAAAGAAGUAUGCACGCUUCAAAAGCCGCAGAAGAUUUUUCACUGCCUGCCUCUUGCUGAACUCAGUUACACCCUGGCACUCUUCUGAUCCAAGCAUCUGUGCUUGGGGAACUGAGUGCUGACUGGUUUAUUUUUAAUGUCAAGAGGUUAUAUGAAAAAAAAAAAACAAUUUGCAAGAAAAUGUGUUGCAAGAGAGGGACCUAAGGUGUGUCCUUCUGUAGUAUUUCUUGAAAAUAAUGACCUUGUCUUGUAUCAGUGAAAAAAGUAAAUGGCUUGGAGGGGGGGAAAAAUCACAUCAUUCCAAAACUGCUAAAAAUCAUUUGAAAGACCAUGAUUUUGUUUGGAAUUAUGAUUGUAGUCUGUUGAAUAGUAUUUACCAUGGCAUUUCAUACCCAUGGUAUUUUAUACCUUCUAUCGAUUUUAGUAUGAUUAGACGUUUGUGUAAUCACUUGCUUACUUAAAUGAAUUUUGAGUACUGCCUAACUGUCAGUUAUAUGAAUAA